AUGGAACACUCGAGGAUGCAGUAUGGCGGCGGUCGCAGGGGCAUCAACUUAGGCAACAUCAUUGGUGAUCCCUUUGCCCUUGCUACCAUCUCCAUCUCAGCACUCGCCUGGAUCAUCACCUUCAUCUCUUCCAUUGUUGCUCAGGUGCAGACUGCAUUCCCACCCUUCACAUGGUGGACCAUCGUCUAUGAGUUCUUCGUUGUCCUCGGUGUCUUCGUUGUUGUCGCCUCAGACACCAUCCAGACCUACCACGUUGCCGUCGUUGGUUAUUUGGGCGCCGGCAUCGUGCUGACGUCCUCGUCCGUCCACGGCCUGAUCUACUCUUCCAACGGCGCCAAGGAGGCCUCCGCUGCUGGGCUGAUCCUUCUUUCCAUGGUCAUGAUUGUGUGGAUCUUCUAUUUUGGAUCUGCUCCGUCGGCUGUGCCUCGCGCUUACCUCGAUUCUUUCGCUCUCACCAAGGAAUCCACCAUGAACCGCCAGACCAUGAACGGUGGCUACGGAAUUGGCCGACCCGAAACCUCGACGUCUGUCCAACCUCCUCAGAUGUAUACCUCGGCGCAGCUUAACGGCUUUGAGAACCCAUCACCAGUCGCUGGCAUUCCUCAAGGCCCCAACCGCACGUCAACACUAGGCGGCGGUGCCGGUGGCUUUACGUCGUCGGCCACUGGCAAUAAGGGCGCUCCCGGAAACGAGGGAGAGAUCGUGCCCCCGACUGAGUACCCCUAUCGGGCAAAGGCCAUCUACAGCUACGAGGCGAACCCAGACGAUGCGAAUGAGAUUAGUUUCUCCAAGCACGAGAUCCUCGAGGUGUCCGACGUCAGCGGCAGGUGGUGGCAAGCGAGGAAAGAGAACGGCGAGACGGGCAUUGCUCCUAGUAACUACCUGAUCCUAUUAUGA